AAACGAAAAUUUAUUGCGCCAAAUGUACCAAAAAGUGUUCGGGAGAGGUGUUGCGAGUAACGGACAAAUAUUUUCACAAAACAUGUUUCCAAUGCACUACUUGCAAUAAAUCAUUGGCCGCCGGUGGUUUCUUUUCCAAAGACAAUGCCUAUUACUGCACGUCCGAUUAUCAGAAAUUGUAUGGCACUAAAUGUGCCGCAUGCAAGCAGUAUGUUGAGGGUGAAGUUGUAUCGACUAUGGGCAAUACAUAUCACCAAAAGUGUUUUACAUGUAGCCGGUGUCAACAACCAUUUCAGUCUGGUAGCAAGGUAACUAACACCGGAAAAGAGGUUCUGUGCGAGAAAUGUGUUUCCAUUCCAAACAAAAUUCAACCGUCGUCUGCACCACAAGUACAAAAGACGUCGUCCCCAAUCAAAGAAAUUGCCCGCAGUCCUACCAGAGCCACAGCCCAGCAGCACAAUCAAACGGAAUCUGUACAACGUAAGGCAAGCGCUGGUGAAUACGAUCCGAACGAGUGUGCCGGUUGUGGUGAUCAAUUGAAGGAAGGUCAGGCACUGAUCGCUUUGGAUAGACAGUGGCAUAUCUGGUGUUUUAGGUGCAAAAAUUGCAGUGCGGUUUUGAAUGGCGAGUAUAUGGGCAAAGAUGGUGUUCCUUAUUGUGAAAAGUGUUACCAAAAAUCGUUUGGGGUCAAGUGCGCAUAUUGCAACCGAUUCAUUAGUGGAAAGGUGCUGCAGGCCGGCGAUAAUCAUCAUUUUCAUCCGACGUGUGCCAGGUGCACGAAAUGCGGUGAUCCGUUUGGCGACGGUGAAGAAAUGUAUUUGCAAGGUAGCGCUAUAUGGCAUCCGCGUUGUGGUCCGGGACCAUCGGCUGAAAUUGGUGGGACGAUUUUGAACGGGUCGGGUACGAAUGGACAUAUCACCGACACCGAUUGUGAUCGCUUGAGUAAUAGUGCGAUGAGCGAGAUUCAGUUUUCUUUACGUUCUCGUACACCAAGUUUAAGCGGUUCAAUUUACAGUCCAUAUUCGAGUAGAAAGUAUCGCACUGUCAGUCCUGGUCUCGUACUUCGUGAGUAUGGUCGCCAAGGAUACGGUUACGACGACAUAUCACGGAUCUACACCUACAGCUAUCUAACUGACGAACCGCACUAUCUGAAGAAACCAAUUGAUCCCUAUGAUAAAACGCCGGUGUCGCCCCACUUUCAUCGGCCGGCUGCGAUGGGCUUCAGCAGUAGUGCAAGUGGCGGCAAUUCCAGUCGUCCACCGUCGAGACCGCAUUCGCGCAACAAAAGUGCUAUGAAAGUUUUGGUGGACAGCAUUCGUACCGAAACGCCACGACCUAAAAGUCCGGCAAUGAAUAACGAAGAACCGAUCGAAUUGUCUCACUUUCCGGGCGCUAAGAAACCGCUGCCGGGUGAAAAGCCAAAGAUCGAACGAGACGAUUUUCCGGCACCGCCGUAUCCGUACACAGAUCCUGAGCGUCGUAGACGAUAUUCGGAUUCGUAUAAGGGUGUUCCAGUGUCGGACGAUGAGGACGAAGUGGAUGAAGCGAAGAAAAAUGGCGAAACAAAGCAAGAACAACUGUUGCGGAAAGAGGAGGAGGAAUUGAGCAAAAUUAAUUCGAGCAUGGGCGCUGUGAUUUUGAAAGAUUUAAAGGAGCAUGCAAAGAAUCGCAAAUGGAAGCAGCACAACAUUGAUCCAAGAAAUGCAUCACGAACACCAUCCGCUUCGAAGGAGCCAGUGUACCGUUUGCGGUACGAAUCACCGAUCGGUGCGUCACCGUCACGACAUUUGGAUCAUCAAAAGCCAUUUUACGAGGACGAGGUUUUCGAACGGUCAACCAGCUACCGAGGAUCGGUCGGCAGAUCGAUUGGUAAUGCACCGAGUUAUAACGCAAUACAUUCAUAUCGAUCCCCGCCGAAACCAGGCUAUGGUUUUAAGACAUCGACACUACCAUCAUCCAUUGGAUAUCGUAAUGGGUACAGUUCUGAUUUUUCAUUUGGAGCCUUGGUGAUAAAACUCACAGCACCAGAGUUCAGUUGCGGAAAAUCAGAUGUGUCCGUGGAUUCGAUAACUGAAGGCGAUCGACAAGCACUGAUGGCCGACUUCCAGCAUCAAGCACAUAUUCCGGCGUAAUGUCUUAUCAUUAUCCACAAGCCGGUCUCAUUCCGUC